AUGGUUCAUUCUUUCUAUUCGCUUUGCCGCCUCGCAUCUCUUCGUCCCUCACCUUCGAAAUCCCAAAGCAAAAGCCCUCAAUAUCUUCUCCUCCGAUUCAUCUCCUCCAUUUCAAACCCUAAUCCCAACUCCGAACAACUUCGCCUCCUCGCCCGUCGCAUCUCCAGCUCAAACCACCUACACCAACUCCUCUGCCUCGCCACCGCUUUCGGCAUCAACUUCCAGAACCCCCACCUCCACCUCCUAAACUCUAUCCUCCACUCCCUCUCCGGCGGUCCCUCUCCCUCACUCGCACUCAUUUUCUUCGGACUCCUUCACUCUCAAGCCCUCGCCCUCGAUGGCUACACCUUCACCUCUGCUCUCAAGGCAACCUCUCGCCUAUCUCAGCCCGACACAGGGGCUGAGCUUCAUUCACUCCUCACAAAGCUCCGCUUAGAAUCCGAUACCUUCGUGCUGAAUUCUCUCAUCCACAUGUACUCCUCUAGCGGCUUCAUCGGCACGGCAAGGAAGGUUUUUGAUCUUGCUCCGGACUCUUCCCGCGAUAUAGUUUCGUGGAAUAGCUUGGCGUCCGGGUACUUGUGUAAUCACCUCUAUGAUGAAUCUUUAAUGGUUUUUCAGCAGAUGGUCGAGCAUUCGAGGCCUAUGGACUCAAACACCCUGGUUGGCGCCCUAACAACUUGCGCAAAAAUUGGAGCUUUAAAUAUAGGAAGGAGGAUUCAUUCGUUAGUUUUAACCAGAGGCUUCGAUAUGGACUCCUACCUAGCUUCUUCCCUGAUUACUAUGUAUUCUAAAUGCGGAGCUUUGGAUCACGCACACAAGCUGUUUGAUUGGAUUCCUGAAAGGAAUACUGUUUGCUGGACUGCAAUGAUUUCAGGUUACGCACAGUCAAAUCAGUUUCUUAAAUCAAUUAAGCUAUUCAGAAAAAUGCAAGCAGAGAAAUUAAAGCCUGAUGAAAACACAAUUUCAUCUGUUCUAUCCUCAUGUGCUCAGUUGGGUGCAUUGCAUCAAGGAAGUUAUGUCCAUGCUUAUUGUGACAUAAAUGGCAUAGAGUUGGGCCUAUCAGCAAAAAAUGCAUUGGUUGAUAUGUAUUCUAAAUGUGGUGAAAUAGAUAGAGCUUUUUGCAUAUUUCAUGAUUUACAAAAUCCAGAUGUUUUUUCUUGGACUACAAUGAUAUCAGGUUUUGCCAUGAACGGAAAUUCAUUCCAGGCGUUGAAACUCUUUUCACAGAUGGAAGCAUCAAGUUCAGUUCUUCCAAAUGAGAUUACUUUCCUUGGUGUCUUAUCUGCUUGUAGUCAUGGUGGAUUGAUCGAAGAAGGAUACUAUUACUUUGAUAAAAUGAGAAGAGUUUACAAACUUUUGCCUAGACUAGAACACUAUGGCUGUAUGGUUGAUCUCUUAGGCCGUGCAAAGCUACUAAGAGAAGCAGAGGACUUUGUUAAAGCUAUGCCCAUUAAACCAGAUGUGGUCAUCUGGAGAUCUUUACUUUUUGCUUGUAGGAUUAAUGAAGAUGUUAAAGUUGCAGAAUUUGCAGCACAAAGAAUCAUGGAGCUGGAGCCAGAAUUGUGUGGAGGACGUGUUAUGCUCUCAAAUGUUUAUGCUGUGGCAGCUAGAUGGAAUGAUGUGGGUUUGACGAGGAGAAAUAUGAAUUCUCGGAGCAUUCAGAAGGAACCUGGAUUGUCUUUUAUUGAGUUAAAUGGAUUUCUCCAUGACUUCUUAUCUGCAGGUAUGUCACAUCCUGAAAAGGAAAUUAUAUAUGAUGUCCUUUGUGGUAUUAGCAAACAUUCUACAAAUAUUUUAGUUUGAUGAAAUGUUUGAAAUGAAAGUGAAGAUGGUUAUUUAUUCUUU